AAUAAGUUCAAAGUCAACAUUGUAAACUCUGUCUUCAGACCAAGGUCCCACCUUGACUUUUACCUGUUCGAAAAGAGAGAGAGCACCACAUUUCCACCCAAACCAUCCCAAACGAAACCACCUCCAAAAACCGGUUGCUCCCUCGACCCGUCCCGGACCGGGGGCCAUAAACAGACUGGAAUUAUAGGGUACCACCCCCACACGCAGCAUCCUCACGUUUCUCGAGAGACCUUUUGUGUCUCUCUUUUUAUCGUUCUCUCUACUCCGUAAAGAGGAAGGAGGAUUAUCCCAACCCGCAUUCACCGCAUUCCUCAAGCCCGCUUUUUUAUCCAGCUUACUACUGCUUCCCGUCCCGUUCUGCCUAACGACUGGAACGUGUCUGUCUGUCUGUCUGUCGACUACUGACAGAUGCUACGAUCCGGGCCAAAACCCGAGGAUCUCGACUUUGAGAUCCAUGUUGAUCAGUCUUGCUUGAAUACACCCGCGCACGAAGCUGCCGAGCCCGAAGUUAUGGCCGACGACGUCCCCGCUGCUGCUGCCAAGGCCGACGCCGAGGAGGUUAAGACGGUGGAAGAUACACAGGAGGAUGUCACAGACGAUACUCCAGAGGUCGUUGUGGAGGAGUCAAAGACCGAGUCGGACGAUGUGAAGGAAGACGACAAGGAGGAAGACACGACAGAGGCCGAGGCGGCCGCGACAGAGGCUGUUUUGGAGGCUGAUACUGAGGAUAUUCCUGAGAAAGAACCCGAAACAACAAUUGAGGAGACUGCGGAGGCUGAGGAGACGAAGCCUGCCGCGGAGGAUACCUCUGAAGAAGCCGAGACCAAGAUUGAAGAGGCGGAACCUACCUCGGAGGAUACACAUACCAUUAAGGAGGAUAAGCCGGAAGCAACGACGGCAGAAGUCGACAGCACACCAGCAGAUGAGGAUUCGUCUGCGAAUACCGAUAACAAAGAUACACCUGAGGAGGAGCCUUCAAGUAUAGAGGCUGAGACUGAAACGGAAGCUCCGGAAGAUACUCCCGCACCAGCAGCUGAGGCAGAGACUGAGCUCGAAGAGUUGGUCGCUGAAGUAGAGGCAGAGCUUCAGGCCGAGCCUGAAGUCCUCGUUGAGGCCGAGGAUGAUGUUGAAGAGACAGCAACUCCGACAGAACCUGAGGCUCAACCUGAGGAAGAGAGCAAAGAAGAUACGCCUCUGCCAGAGCCUGAGUUAGAAGCUGCUGAGCCAGAAGCUGAGCCAGAGGUUCAGCCAGAGCCCGAACCCGAAGUAGAGGUUGAAGUCGAGGCCGAGAAAGAAUCUACACCUGCCCUAGAGACGGAAGCCGAAGACGAGGAGGUCGAGAGGGGAAGGUCACUCGGCCCCGCGGCUGAAAUCACAACCAGUCAACUGGCAGAGCAGGUCGCAGACUCACUCAACAUGGCUCAGACAGACUCUGACGAGACGCCAACACCUGCUCCUGCCGUCGAAGUCGCUGAGGACCACGAUGAGCCCGCCGGCGUCCAAGAAGCCAGUCGUUCCUCUUCUUCCCUCCGCCGCGUCUCCGGUCGCACCGAUGCUCUCAUUCAAGCUGCCGCCAAGGAGGUCCUCGAGCGACUCGAGGCUCAGACCAUGGAGACUAUCAGAAACAGGUCACACGCACGCCACGACUCCACAGGAUCUACAAACAACGGCACAGAGCUACACUACGAUGUGAGCACUCGCCGCGAAUCCUACAACACCGACUCGCGUGCUAGCCGCCGUGAGUCUUAUAACACGGAAUCGCGGGCAAGUCGUCGUGAGUCCUACAACACACACUCACAAACCAGCCGUCGGGAGAGCGGCACCCGUCAUCGACCUACACACCACGAGGACGGCGGCGACAGUUCCUCCCAGCACGGCGACUCGGACGUCUUCAGCGACCGCAGCCCGCGCAGCUCACUCGGUUCCUUUGACGGCAAUAUCGAUCAUCACAAGGACACCAGCAACCGCUCCUCCAAGAGAUUCUCCCACAUGUCAGACGACGUCUCCGUGUCCGAGAUGUCAUACUACGAUAAGGAAGACUUCGUCCCAACCAUCCGCGGCGCGCCCAGGAUGCCCUUCCGCUCCCCUUCCGACGUCCGGGCUCUGCAAUACUCAUCCCCCGCGCCCUCCGUCACCGGCGGCUCUUACUCGCCGCGCUCUAGCAAACGCUCCCAGGUGCCGACCAUCUCCCGCCUCGGCAGCCCCAACGUGUCCGCCCAAUACUCUGCCAAGGGCCGCAAGACACCUACCCGCUUCAACCCUAAGAAGGAGCCCGCCCCACUCGUACUUCUUCACGUCACCCUCCUACCGCUCCGCUGGCAGUGGGCUGAGAUCCUGGAGCAGACGUCCUCUGAGACCCUGUCCCCGGAAGCGAAGACGCUCCGCGAGGCCUGGCACCAUCUCCACGACCGCGUCGCCGAUACCGUCUGUGAGCGCGGUAUCCUCCUCUCCCACCCUCAAGACGAGUAUGAGAUCCUUGAAGAACGCCUCCUCGAAGCCCUCGAUCUGCCUCUGCGCCGGAGGGCCCGCGUCCUCGAGUGCGGGCACUACCUCGGCCCCUCCAACGAGAUGACGCUCGGCGAGGACAUGGACAGCGACGAGGACGAGUACGACGAGGAGUCGAGGCGAAAGAGCGCGCUGCCCAAGAUGCACUGGUGCCAGACGUGUCGUCACGAGAUCCGCUACGAGUCCCUCGGCCCCGGCAAGAUCUUCCGCAUCAAGGUGUAUGCUAGCAACGGCCUUAUGAGGACCGGCGCCUGGGCGGCGUGCUGGAAGGAGAUGGAGCGUGUUGAUGUUGAGAUUGAGCCCAUUGUCGAGUCGGCUGUGCUGGACGAGCUGGAGCGGCUUGUUGUGGCGCAGUCGCAGCAGAUGUCGCUUGUAAAGCACGAUCCUACGAUUCUUGAGUCGACUGAGGGGAGAGAUAUGCCUGAAGAGCGUGGAAUGUCGGACUUUGACCGCGAUAUGCCCUCCAUGGAGGAGCCGAUGCACGAGACGUCGCAUAUUGAGGAGACUCAUCUCUUGGAGCCGAAGUACAUUGAGAGCGAAGCUCAUAUUCCGGCCUCAUCACCUCCCCCUGCUGCGACAGAGAAUAUCCGUCCUCCGUCACCGGAGCCGAUGCCUCGCUACGACCAGAGCGAGGAACGCCGUCUCCGCGAUGAGGCGCGCAUGCGUGAGAUCUACGGGCAUCCUCCGGCACCUGAACCAGAGCACCACGAGCCAGCCCCCGAAUCUCGGCCCGCAUCGUCGCACCACGAUGCCUACUCAGCUCGCUCCCCUCCUCCCUCGCAAAAGCAGCAACCUGAGCCCGAACCCCAACAACCUCACUACCACGAGCAACAUCAGCACCACCAGUCCCCUCCCCCACCAGAGGAAUCCUACGCCCAGCACCACCAGCGCCAACAAGCAUUCCAGAACGCCGGCCUCGCAGAGCUCUUGCUGGAGGCGGCGCGGGUGUUUAUGCAGGAUAAGAAGAACCUUGCCAUCGUGGUUAUGAGUUUGCUUGUGCUGUUCAUGGCGAUUCGUCCUGCGCCGAGGGAGGUGAAGGAUUGGGAUGGGCAGUUUGUCGAUCAUGCUGCUGCGCCUGUUGUUGAGAUUCCUGCCUCGCAGCAGGCACCGCCGUUGAUGGAGAGUAUCGAGGCUGUUGUGGAGUCUGUGACGGCGUCUGAGGCUUCUGUGGAGGUUGUUAUUCAGCCUACGCCUGAAGUUGAAGUUGUUGAGCCAGAACCUAGUGUGGAGGCUUUCGUGUCUGAGUCUGUUGCGAGUGUUGUGGAGAUUGAGACUACGUCUACUUUGGCUACAGAGCAGACUUCUGCGGUUGAGCAGGAGACUUCUGUGACUGAUUCUCCUUCUUUUUCUGAGGAGAUGAGGGUGCCUUCGCCUACUCCGGUUCAUGAGACCAUCACUACUAGAGAGUUGGUGCGUAUCAUUGAGACUGUGACGGAGACGGUCAAAGCCGUUGUUACGGAGACGGAGGUUGUCAGGGUUCAGCCUACGGCUAGUGUUGCGCCUGAGAUUGAUGAGGUCGAGGCUGAUGAGGCCAUUGAAGACGAGGUUGUUGCCGACGCCCCAGUUGCGGAGGAAGCUUCUGAGACUCUUGUCUCUGAGAACGCAUCCGAGACGGAAGAGGCGUCAGCUUUUGAGACUGUGUCACCCGUUGACGAGUUCACAGAAGAUGCUGUAUCUGAUGAGGAAGAGGCGCCGGCCACUGAGACAGCUCUGCCCGUCGCAGAAGACGGAGAGCAUGAAGUCGCAGAUGAGCUAGCACAGGAUGUGAAUGACGAGACUGAUCAGAUGGAGGAGGCGGAUGAGAAUGAACGGGAUGAGCUGUGAAAGAGAUAAAUGAGUUGGUAUGUGCAAGAGACGAAGAGGAUAUGUGAAAUGAAUGAGGUUAGGAAGGGAGGAGAGAAGAAAGGAAUGAAGCAAAGUGUUACGAUAUCACACCUACGUCUUUGUUCACGCCACGC